AUGGCAAAAUUCGGGAUUGAGCAAAUGUCCUUGGAGACCAUAAACCAGGCUGCCGUCUGCAAUCCGGAGUAUGAAGUGGACACUCGGAGAGUUGUGGCGGUUUUCUGUGAUCCAGACACGUACCCAACAGAGGAUGAGAUGAGUUCAUGGAUCACACAAGGUGCCGUCAUAGCUAUCGGCUGGCAUCCACGGACAUCAGGCACUGAGGAGGACUGGCAACGUUUCACCACUCUGAUGUCCUCCCCAAAGGUUACUGCUCUUGGAGAGAUUGGGCUUGAUAGGACUGAACAUCCAGACACUUGGUUCACUCAGAUGCUCAAUAUGGAGAGGGCCCUGUCGACACUAGGACCAAAACACGUCUUGGUGCUCCACAGUCGCAGCUUGAAUGACACCCAAACGCCGGAUGAAAGUUGGUUCACGAUUCUUCAAAUACUAAAGAAUCACCCCAAUGUAGGUAGGGACCGUCUCGUCCACUGUCACUGCUUCACAGGGACGCAAGCCUUGACUCACAGGUGGCUGCAGGAGUUACCAAACACCUAUUUCGGUUAUACCAACCUGGUGAGAAAAUUCUCAGAAAAGGAUGAUCCUGAGAAACUGGAAAGCAUCCGUCGUAUGGAGCCUAAGAGGAUGCUGUUAGAAACAGAUGCCCCAUACUUUGGCACCGGAGGAGUUAGGCGUACCACCCCUGCACUACUGGGAUAUGCAGCAUUGGAAGUUGGAAGAAUCCGUAAUGAGCCAUGGAAGGAUCUUCUCCGUCGGUGCUCAGAGAAUGCGUACCGGCUGUAUGUCCAGGGCCAGCCUCCUGAAUUAUAA